GUUCAAAGUUGACAUAAUUCCUUGUAAGAAAGUUUGCUCUUGAUGUGGCUGCAUCUGGUCUCGCGAGAGGUUGCGAGAGUGUGGCUGUAGACGAGAGGUUAGUGACCCCAGUUGGAGGACCCAAUGGCUACAGGAUCAGGAGAGUCCAAGACUAGAUCCAAGAAGCUUUUUUACAUCAGAGACUCAGUUGUGGAAGUGGAGGAGGACUUCAACCAUGAGUUCAAAGGUCAUCGUAAUCUUGCGGUGGAAGAGCUGCCAUCUUGGUGCUAUCAGCCCGGCAGUGAGCGUAGGUCACGCAGGGCCAUUUCAAGAGCCUUGAAUGCCUUCCUGAACACUGGGAAAGGAGGAACGGUAUACUUGGGGAUAACAGACGACGGCCGUGUGAAGGGGAUCAGGCUCACACAGUACCAGAAGGACCAUGUUGUGACAGGCAUGGUGGACCUGAUGGGGAGGUACAAUCCUCCUGUAGCCAGGCACCGCUGGAAAAUCAAGUUUGUCCCCGUUGUGACUUUACGAGAAGAAAUAGAGGCUGGAAAGGGUGCAGAUGUUAGGGAGGGUCUUGACGAAGCGACCAGACAGCGGCCCCACCUCCUGAGGACUCCUGACUACUGCUGGUGUGACAAGGAUGCCCUGGCACAGUUCAACAUGGGUUUUGUUGCGCCAGACUAUGUAGUUGAGAUCACUGUCCUGCCCUUCGAUGUGUCCAACCCUGGAGACGAGGCGGCUCACCCCGGAGGUGUUGUGCUCUAUCCCAUACAUGAAGACGAGGAGGGCCACGCCUACUUCCGCAGACAAGCAUGUAUAUAUGCUUAUACCAUGCAGGAAAUCAAAGAACUGACAGUGCAACAAGUCCGAGAGCACUAUCAGCCAACUGUAGACAGUUUAAGGAAACGUCUUUAUGCAUUGCGGAGCCAGAGCUUGCAGCAAAAGUGUCCGUCACCCAAUCAGAUGUCAAAGUAGCUUGCAGCCAUCCUUUUCUUUGCUUGACAGUAACUUAAAGAUAGUAUGACAUCAAGAUAACUAACUCAUUUAUAUGUUAACUGAUCCUGUAACAUCAACCUAUCAAGGUUUACACAAAACAUUUGUACCUAGUGAAUGAAGUUGUUCAGUAAGUAAAUGUUUUACCCUUUUUUAUCUACUCAAGUUCAAAGACGUGACAGACAUAGUUUUAACCGUUUUGGUAUGAGCAAUAUUUUACAUUUUACUCAGCCACAAAUCAAGUGGCGCUAUAUGAACAUGAUUAAUUGGAAUAUUAAUGAUAUUUACACAUGUAACUCACACGUUGUUGGUGAGUUAUAAUUUUAACCAUAUCUAACAGUUGCUAAGCAGUAGCUGAUUAAUGUGUUUUUAAAGGAAUUUUUGGGAAACUGUUAUCAUACAUUUUAUCUGUUAUUGUUAAUCAUUGUUAAUGUUAGUAGUAUAUAUCUUAUGUUACAAGCUUGCAAUGCAUUGAAAGUGCCUUGACAGUAUAAGCAGCAUGUUUUGUUUUUUUAUAAAGACAUUGUUGUGA